AUGCCUCCCGCAGUUACCGAGGCACAGAGGAGCAAGGAAUUUGCCAAGAUCGCCAGGAAAACGCAGCAAAAGUGCGGACGAACUGGCCCUGCUUGGGCCAGAUUCGCGGGUCACCGAACAACACUCACUAGAAAACCUUAUUUAUACUGUUCCGGCGAAUUCAGUUGCGCAAUUCAAAUCACGAGACAAAGCAGCAAAAAGCCCGAUAGCGACAUGAAUUUCUUCUUGACUCACCAACCCUCUCUCCUUCCCCUCUUCACUCUCUUCCUCCUUACGUCCGCCCAGUCCGGCGGCAACUCCUGCGACUUGAAGAACAUUUGCAAGACUAGUUUGAAUAGGGAGACGACCGAUUCUUGGAACGCCCAGUCUUGGAACAGUCUUUUAAAAUCGACACGCCCCAGACUCGACUUUUUCAACACCUUCAUCGACGGCUUCCUGGAACAGAAAACAGCCAUCACCAACAUGGACUACGUUCAUUGCCUUGUUAACUCCUGUGAAAAUGAGCCGAUGAAAGUCUUCAAACACCUGGUCCUCCAACUCAACAAGAUCAGCAGAGAGAGCAAAAAAAGUAACUUUUACAACGCGUUUACGAUGAUCGAAAUGGUGAUGACCAAGAGACAACGAGAAGACUUGCACUUUUUGCUGAAGCAACAAGCUAUGCGCUCGAGAAAACCAUUCCAUAUCCCGAGUCGAAUAACUGCGGAGAACCGCGUUUUCUUCAACGGAUGGGAAAAUGGCUUCGGUUCGCUGGACGAGAAAACUUUUAAUAGACAGAAUGAAGAAUUACGGAAGAUUAUUAUUAAAGAUUUCUUGCGCUGGCCGAUCGAGCACUAUAUGGAUUAUAUUAUCUCUGCGAAGGACGAAACAUUCUCACUUCUUCGAAACCUUUGCCCUGGGGGGAACUCUUUGGCCCGCCGAGCUUUGAGCCGCCGAGGAGACUGGAAUCAAAGUGUGAAUCUUUCCCAGAAUUAUUUCGGCGUCCGAUUCAGCGAUUGCGAGGCUCGCAAGUCCACAUGUACCAUGCGAAAUCGCGUCUUUGCCGUGGUAGCGCAGUACAUACUCGAAACCCGACAAAGCUUGAACUCCCAAUUCCUCAAGGACGUUUGCCAGUAA